GCAGUUUUUUGUAUGGCUGAGAAAGCCGCUCAUGGGCAUUUUGGUGGCCCAACCACCUGCGAAGGCACCGUGGGCACGGUGCUUGCUUCGCAGGGAUGAAAGCAAGCAGGAUUUCCAUGCAGAAAUUAAAACUGAUUACGAUCAUGACGAGGAAGUCCGACAGAGACGUCGCAUCAUUUUUAAUGACAUGGUUCAGGCUGUAAAGCAGCUGCAAGGUGGUGUAAGCUUUGACCAACCAACAAAGAGGUGGUGGUUGAAGGGAGGGGCGGGCGCUGCCAAAGACUUCAUUGCCAGACUUCGAUCUUUGGACUUCACCUUUUCAGAAGCGGAGGUGGAAGCAUUUUUGCACCAAACACAUGUUAUUUCAACCAGGCCAUGUCCAUCCGAUGCCUUCAAUGCCUUUGAUGCUUUUGCAGAUGAGGAGGCGGAAUUGGACAAAUUGCUUUCCAGUGGACUCCUAGAUGAGAUCGAGGAGAGAGAGGCAUGCCGGGAGAUUAGUCGGGCACCAGAGCCCUCAGACCCGCCCACCGGUGGACACUGCACCGCAUUGGUGAACGAAACUUGCCACACCGUGACGGCAGUGCGGCCUGGUCUGGCUGUGAAAAUUGGGGGAUUGACGUCACAUCCAGAGUUGAAUGGAUGUGUGGGGAUCGUGGACCAGCGUGACCAGGGCUCUCAGCCCUCCCAGACCUCCCAGACCUCCCAGGUUCGAUGGCUGGUUACUGUUCAUUGUCACCAAUACUCACUGGCUGAAGACAAACUUCAGGUGGAGCCCAAUCCUGUUGGUCCUGUCCAGGUACCUCCUGGGACUUCUGGGACCCCUGGGACCCCUGCUGGGACUGCAACAGCAAAUUCAAAUCGGCUCGAGAGCAACGCCAACGAAGCCAAUCAAGGUGCACUGGGUGAGAUGCCGAGUCAAGGUGAUCGACCUCAGAGUGAUCCGCCUCAAUCCACGAGCCAGGAAGCGGUUGUGAUUGAUCUGGAGACGGUACCAGAUGAGCCUCGAAGAGAAUCUCCAGCUCAGGAGCCGCGGACCCGUGCAUGUGCAAUUUGCAUGGAGGAAAAGGAGUCCACGGAGUUGACGGUUUUCGUGCCGUGUGGCCACAUGGCUGCGUGUCUCACUUGUGGGCAGCGCCUUUUCAAGCAGCCGUGCCCAGUGUGCCGAAAGAAAAUUAAGCCCGGAGCUCAGCCUCAGAUGGUUGUUUUUUGUCUUCCAGGAAAAAGAAACAUGUCAUAG